AUGUCUCAAACCGUACGUGUUAGGCUUGUCAAUCCUCGUUUGCCUGAUUUUAUAAAACCAAAAAGAUACGAAAUUGAAUUAACAUUAGAGACAAGAGAGAAUAUCUUCUAUGGAGAAUGUUGUAUUAUGAUUAUGAUUCUUAAGGCUACACAAAAUAUAAGCCUGCAUUCAGCAAAUUUGGAAAUAACUGAAGUCAUAUUAACUGGAAAGAUUGAUAAAUAUGUAAUAGUGGUUAAAGCACGUGAUAUUUCGUAUAUACACGAACUGCAAAUUGUCGUCUUGGAUUUCUCUGAAGUUCUAUGUCCUGGUAAUUAUACUUUGAGCAUAACGUAUAAAGGUGUUAUUGCUAAUGAUGGAGGUUUUGUCAAGGUCUCAUAUGUAAAUAAGAUAGGAGAAAAAAA